ACUAGCCGCACCACCCAGGAGACAGAGAGGAGAGGAGAGCUGUGAGCGGCGGACCGAGCAGUGGGACUGACUGACUGGAAACUGGUCUCUCUUCCUCUUUCUUUCCUCCUUCCCUCCUUGACGAGCGAGGACGUAUAUCCUGCUGUUGCGCGAACCCCGUGGACAGUCUUUAACGAGUGACAGCAUUUAAACUAGUAGCAUCAUCCAGACUUUUCUGCAGAGAUGGAUGUACCAGGCUUUGCGCACAACAUCACCAGUCCAUUAAGUCCAUGCGAGGGCAUGAUCAAGGACCUCAGCUUGGACGCCAUACAAUUAUGUGAACGAGAUGGGAGUAAAGCCCAGGAUGGCAGCCUAACCGAGGAGGAGCUCCCCGUUCCCCAGAACAUCAAGAUAAGCAACAUCACCUGCGACUCCUUCAAGAUCUGCUGGGACAUGGAGGCGCGCAGCAAGGAGCGCAUCACACACUACUUCAUUGACCUGAACAAGAAGGAAAACAAAAACUCCAAUAAGUUCAAACACAAGGAUGUUCCCACCAAACUCGUGGCCAAAGCAGUGCCCUUGCCCAUGACGGUGCGGGGCCACUGGUUCCUGAGUCCCCGCACUGAGUACACCGUGGCCGUCCAGACUGCAUCAAAACAGACCGACGGGGACUACGCCAUCUCUGAGUGGAGUGAGAUCAUUGAGUUCUGCACUGCCGAUUAUUCCACAGUGCAUCUAAACCAGUUGAUGGAGAAGGCGGAGGUCAUCGCUGGGCGGAUGCUGCGUUUCAGUGUCUUCUACAGGAAUCAGAAUAAAGAGUACUUUGACAACGCAAGGGAGGCACAGGAGAACCGGAUGCAGCCUUCAGUGAAAGACAACAGCGGAAGCCACGGCUCACCCAUCAGUGGCAAGCUGGAGGGCAUUUACUUCAGCUGCAACACAGAGUUCAACACUGGCAAGCCCCCGCAGGACUCCCCUUACGGCCGCCAACGCUUUGAGGUGGGAGCUGAUCUGCUCUUCAACCCUGAAACCAGCUUGUACUUUGGAGACUUCUACUGCAUGUACACAGCCUACCACUUCGUUAUCCUGGUGCUUGCGCCAAAGGGCUCCAGAGGCGACGAGUUCUGUAAGCAGAGGCUUCCUGCGCUUGACAUCACCAACAAUCGAUUCCUUACCUGCAAGCAGAGUGAAGAGGGUGAGGGUCUGGUGUUCCACCACGCCCAGGACGUCAUCCUAGAGGUGAUCUACACGGAGCCUGUGGACCUGGCGAUAGGCACGGUGGCGGAGAUCAGCGGGCACCAGCUGAUGAGUCUGUCCACGGUAAAUGCCAAGAAGGACCCCAGCUGCAAGACCUGCAACAUCAGUGUGGGACGCUAAAAAAAAAGGCUGAAUGUAAACAAAGGAGGAGGACGGAAGGACUAGAGGUGACUGACCUCUUAACACACACACAGGAAGUCCACAUGUACUGAUGAAGCAGACCAACACAUGCAUGAAGCAGCAGAUUUAGUAGGCUCACACAAACAUAUCUCUGACACCGCUCUGUACUCUAAAGAGACCAUCAUUCCCAAAGAAGAGUGGAGGGGGAAAAAAGAGGAAGUGCUCACGCUGACACCUGCACUGUUGUCUCCUCAUCUUAAAAGGGUUAAAAACAUUCAUGAAACUGAGCAAUCAAAACCUGGGACACCAACAACACAGAUCCAUCCAUCCAUCCUUCAAGUCAACACUGGCAUACUGACCAAACCCUUUAACUGUACUAACCAACACGGGCUGCUUCUGUUCAGUUUCCUGGUGUUUCUUUGAAAAGUUGUCUCAUAUUUUGUUAUUGAUCUUUGCCUUGUUAUUAUUGAUAUGCUCUUUUUCGAAGGUCCACAGCCUGUGUGGACAAGCAUUCUCUCGUUUCCACUUACUUUGACUGUCAUUAUAGAAAUGUUCUGUUCUUACUCUACAGUAGACAAUUUCAGACUUUUGUUUACCUCCAACUAGUGGCACAGACUGGUACUACAAUUGUAUAGGGCUGCAGCAUUGAGAGACAUCUUUCUUUAAACCAAAGGUAUUAAAACAAGAAGUGAAGCCGCUGUGGAAUCUUAGCAGUACUAAUGCAACAGCCUCUAAAUUGUGUAUUCACAGAGAGUCUUUGAUGGCUGAGUGUGAACUAUUUGUAAACUUGUUAACCUUUAAGACAAAGCAUGAUGCAGUUUCUGUGCAGCAUGCGUAUGAAAGCUGUCAGUACCUCUACCAUGGCAACUUCUUCUGCAUCAGUUGCUCUUACUUUGUUGUAGUCGGAGGAAAGGAAGAAAGUAGAACCAUAAACUGUGUUUAGCAGAAUAAAUGUGAAAAAAUA